GGGCGGAGGAACUGGCUUCCUCCGUAGAGAUCUCAAUCUGGGUCCUCUGUCCCGCCCCAAAAGGCCAGAACAGACACACUCGGAAUCUUCGGCCCUGCCCGAGCUCCUUGCUCCCGAGGGGGCAGGCGGGACAGGCUGAAGACUGCAAGAACUUCCAAACAGAUAAAGGUUGUAAACUGAAGGAGAGAUGGGUGAUCGUGCCAAUCAUGGUCGAAAUGGCCAGACACACCAUGUGCGGACGCACACAGCAUCCCCUAGCCAAGACAGAAGCACCUGAAUUCCCAGGCCGCAUGCAGCUCCAUGCCACAGCCAACCUACCGUCACCCUGUGAGCCCCCUGCUUAUAUUGGCACCCACAGCGAGAACUGUACCCCAGGGUCUAGCUUUGCCCCACGCCCUGGGCGCUGGCCCCCAGUGUGCGCAUGUGGAGAGCAGCGUGGGGAGGGGGAAGUGGGAGGGGUGGGUGUCCGGUCUGGAGGCGGAUUCCUGUUUCCUGCCCUCCUCACUCAGCCCUGGGAGGUGACUGAGCGUGGAGGGGACUUCGGGGGGAUGACUCCAGCAGAGCACCCCAACCCUUUGAAGAGCUCAGAGGACAAUGUCGGCCCAGUCCCUUCCUACAGCGACACCUCCUACCCAGAAGCCCCCUCGAAUCAUCCGCCCCCGGCCCCCUUCUCGUGCCCGGACUGCCCAUUCCCCAGGACCUCCUCCCCAGAAUGGCUCCUCUCCACAAACACCCCCUCCAAGAACCUCCAAAGAUGCCCCAGGUCUCAUGUGCACCCCCCUCUUCUGGGAACCCCCAGCCGCAUCCCUCAAGCCUCCCGCCCUCCUGCCCCCCUCUGCUUCUAGAAGCAGCCUUGACUCCCAGACUUCCCCAGAUUCACCUUCCCGCACCCCCAGCCCUGUAUCCAGGCGCUCCAUUUCCCCGGAACCUGCUCCCCGCUCCCCUGUCCCCCCACCCAAGCCCUCUACAUUGCCCCGCACGCCUUUGCUCCCACUCCUCCCUACAGCUGAGGGCUUGGCCCAGGACAGCCCAGCCUCGUCGGUGCCUGGCACCGUGCGGAGACUGGCUGGCAGGUUUGAAUGGGGCACUGAAGGCAGGACCCAGACUGUGGAUGCUACGGAACGGGAUUCCCCAGGAGGAGCUGAUGUGAAUGGGGAGAGAGAGGCUCCCCAGGGUGCCCCCACUGGAGGUGGGCCCCAGGAGAACGGUGCUGCAGAUACUGCUCUGGCCUGCCCACCUCAUUGCCCCUGUAUCUGUCAUGCCUCCCGGCCAGGCCUAGAACUCCGAUGGGUGCCAGUGGGGGCCUCUGGGGAUGGCCCCAGAGUCCCCUGCCGGGCCUCCCCUCUGCGGGCCUCUCGCUCCCGCCCCAACCCUCCCGGCAUCAGUCAUCCCCCUGUGGUUCUCACCUCCUACCGCUCUACUGCGGAGCGCAAGCAUCUGGCGCCCCUGAAGCCUCCCAAGCCAGCUCGGGCCAGGCAGGACCAAACCACGGUGCCUGAGGACCCCCCACAGCCAGAUAUGCACCUGCCUUCUGAAGACGGAAUCCAAACAGGGGACAGUCCUGAUGGAGUUCUUUCUCACAGCACCCCUCCAGCAGCCGUGGAAGGAAGGGAUGAGGAGGGGCUGGAGGGGCUGAAGGAACAGAACUGGGAGCUGCCCCUGCAGGACGAACCUCUCUACCAGACCUACCGAGCAGCUGUGCUGUCAGAAGAGUUGUGGGGAGUUGGUGAGGAUGGGGGUUCCCCACCCACCAACCCUGGAGAAACAGCUACCUUGGCCCGCCCCCCUGGGCCCCGGAACACCCUGUGGCAGGAGCUUCCAGCUGUGCAAGCCAGUGGCCUCCUGGACACAUUGAGCCCCCAGGAGAGGCGCAUGCAGGAGAGCCUGUUUGAGGUGGUCACGUCCGAGGCCUCCUACCUGCGCUCCCUGCGGCUGCUGACAGACACCUUCGUGCUGAGCCAGGCACUCCGAGACACGCUCACCCCCCGGGACCACCAUACCCUCUUCUCCAAUGUGCAGCGCGUCCAGGGCGUCAGCGAGCGGUUCCUGGGAACGUUGCUGUCCCGGGUGCGCUCCUCUCCCCACAUCAGUGACCUGUGUGACGUGGUGCAUACCCAUGCUGUGGGGCCUUUCUCUGUCUAUGUGGAUUAUGUGCGGAACCAGCAGUACCAGGAGGAGACCUACAGCCGCCUCAUGGACACGAACGUGCGCUUCUCAGCAGAGCUUCGGCGGCUGCAGAGCCUCCCCAAGUGUGAGCGGCUCCCACUGCCAUCCUUCCUGCUGCUGCCCUUCCAGCGAAUCACACGGCUCCGGAUGCUACUGCAGAAUAUUUUGCGCCAGACAGAGGAGGGGUCCAGCCGCCAGGAAAAUGCACAGAAAGCCCUGAGUGCAGUCAGCAAGAUCAUUGAGCGCUGCAGCGCGGAGGUGGGCCGCAUGAAGCAGACAGAGGAGCUCAUUCGGCUCACCCAGAGGCUGCGCUUCCACAAAGUCAAGGCUUUGCCCCUGGUCUCCUGGUCGCGACGCCUGGAGUUGCAGGGCGAGCUGACAGAGCUGGGGUGCCGCCGGGGGGGCGUACUCUUCACCUCGCGCCCCCGCAUCACCUCCCUCUGCCUGCUGCUCUUCAGUGACCUGCUGCUCAUCACUCGGCCCAAGAGCGGUCAACGGCUACAGGUGCUGGACUAUGCCCACCGCUCCCUGGUCCAAGCUCAGCAGGUUCCAGACCCAUCUGGACCCCCUACCUUCCGCCUCUCCCUUCUCAGUAACCACCAGGGCCGCCCUACGCACCGGCUACUCCAGGCUUCAUCCCUGUCAGACAUGCAGCGCUGGCUGGGAGCCUUCCCGACCCCCGGCCCCCUUCCCUGCUCCCCAGACACCAUCUAUGAGGACUGUGAGUGCUCACAGGAACUGUGCUCAGAGCCAGCUACACCUACUAAGGUUGAGGGACAGAGACUGGAGUCCAAGGCUGCCCCCAAGCCCCUGCAGAAGAUCCCAGAAGGUUGGCUGAGAGGACUUCCUGGGGCCUUCCCUGCCCAGUUGGUGUGUGAAGUUACUGGGGAACAUGAAAGGCGAAAGCACCUUCGCCAGCACCAGGGGCUUCUGGAGGCCACUGAGCCCUCUCCAAGCACCUCCAGUACUCCCCCACCCUAAGUCAGGCUAGGGGAGGGGCAGAGGCCGGGACAAAAUGACAGCACAGCCAGGAGAUGACCAAGCCCAAACAUUCAUUCAUUGGAUGCACUGUCCUCAGAAACACUACCUCUGGUAGCAGUCAGUAGGGACACAACUGAAGGAUGGGGUAGCCAAUAAAAUCGAACUCCGAUUUCAUAGACAAACCCCGUCUAAGGCCGAUGCAAUAAGGAAGAAUGGUUUCAACCUGCCGCUUAGGAAAACAGAGACUUACUACCCAGUGGGUACUGAGCUAGCCUGGCUCCCAGCUGAUGGGUAUCCCUGCUAUGCCCCUAGCCCAGGGAGUGAAUACUAGGUCAAUGCAGUCCAAAAAAAGGCUCUACUGGAGGUAAAGUUCAAGGAUACAAUAGCUCAGAGGGGCGAGCAAGAAUUGCCACCCCCCCACCCAGUCAUGCGUGCAUGUUUCUAUGACAACUACUGGUGCUUGUGUCUGAGUCUGGGAAUAUUAGAUUCCAUUCCUGGUGGUCUCCCCUCUCCUCCCAAACCUAUUCUUCCUCCAGAGGGAGGCAGAGUGCGUGUGUCAGUGUGGGUGCACGUGUGUGCAUAUGGGAAACCAGCUACUGAACACAGUGUGUGGUGGUGUCUCCCUGUUGUCCCGCCUUCCACGUCUUCUGUUAACCCUCAUAUUCCUAAUUGUUGUCUCCAAGGAGGACAUUGUUCUGGGUGUGGCUUGGCAGUUGGAGGCCAGAGUUAGGGAGGAGAGCCCUGGGUUCCAGGUCUCCUGGUGGCCAGGGCUCUGGGACAGUUGGCAAGAGUGUUGGAGGAAUGGCCAAGCAGCCAGCAGAGCCACGCAAAGGACUGAAGCUAGCCAGCAGCUGGAGUCCACUGCCUCUCAGGAGCUCCUCACAGCUCUUUUGCUGAUCCUCAAACCCUCCACCCUGAACUGUCAUCAUCAGCCAACCUCAGCCUCAGGUUUCAGAAUUACACUCGAGUCCCAGGUUUGGGUAUAGAAAUGGGAGCUGUGUUCCAGAGGCCAGUUGGCGAGCCCACCGGACCUUCAGAAACUCUUCUGUGCUGAGAGAACAGAGCCGGUGUUGCUGCCCUGCCACGUCCAUGUCUGCCUUCUGAUGACAAAGUGCCCUGCACAAGGCCAGGAGGAGGUGACAGCAGACUGUUGCCUGUGAGUGGGGCCUGGAGCAUGGGGCAUGGCCUUCCCAGAGUCUGGCUGUGACACUUCCCCUCUGGCUCAUUCUUGGCAUGCAGCCCCAGGACAGAAAGGCAAGGGCAUGUGGGCUGUGUGUGACUUUGGAGAUUUCACCUGCCACGGAGCCUCAAGUGGAAAAUUCUCAAUAAAUGUUGGUG